CGAUUGACCUUCUGGCGGCCCUAAAAAUGUCCCAGCAAAGAAAUGGAGUGUCCAGACUACAGAGUCCUAGCAGUGUGAUAUAUAAGAUACGUCCCAGAGCAGCCUACCUGACCCUCCCUCGGGAAUACUCCCACAUCCUGCACUCUAACCUUGGGGAUAGCGUUGGUGUGCACUUAGUGGGCCGUCAGGCUUCGAGAUCCAGUGCCACAUUUUUUUCUCUCUCCUCCACGUCCUCUCCCAUCCUCCAAAUCAUCUCCUCCACCAUCAGUAACACUCUGCAAUUGGACUAUCCGGUUAGAGGGAGAGGUCUUGCCAGCUUUCAAUUUCCGAGGGGAAAUCCCUUCUCGAGGGGAGAAUGGGUACAGCUGGCCGUGAGCCUGGAACCUGGGAGACUGGUAUUUUUCAUAGACUGUCAAGAAGAAGCUGUUCUGGAGAUAAAAAAUGAAAACAGGACCAACUUGGAUCUUCCAGUAGAUGUAGUCAUUGCUCUCGCCAGCACACCAGGAAUAAAAGACAGCAAAUUCAAUGGGUAUUUGAAGUCGGCUGAAAUAUCACUGAAAGCCUAUCGGAGGCGUCCGUGGAAGUGUGACAAUAUUACAGAUUAUCUGCCCCCAUCUCAGCACACAAACACACAAAUCAAUUCCAGUUCCUCGUUUGACACUUUUCAAAAGUUGCAUCAUGACGGCCCGUCCAGUGAGCCUCAAACAAACCACAGACAGCCAGACAAAAUCAGCCACUAUCUCAAAGCUCUCCAGAAUGAUCAGCUGCAAAGAGGCGCUGUGCUGGGGCCUCCGGGAUUCCGCCAAAGGGCAAAAGCUUCUCCUCAGGUUCAAACCAAUGACAGGCUAGACACGCUGGAGAAGAGAUUGGAGGAGUUGGUGCGCAUGUUGGACAUGGUCAAAGCUCAGAAUGUAGAUUUACUGUCGCGCGUAAAAUACCUGGAGGGAUGUGAAUGUGUGAGGCAGCGAUGUGUGUGGGAAGGACGUGAGGUGGAGGAAGGCCAGCGCUGGCAGAUAGACCUCAACACCGUGUGUUCGUGCACAUCUGGAAAUGUCAACUGCCAAACAAAUACAAAAAAUGAAGGUUGUGAGCCGGAUGGCAGAGUUUACAAUGUGUCCUACACCACUCUGGAUGGCUGUCAGACAUGUGCAUGUGCGGACGGUAACAGGGAGUGCUCUCCUGUACCGUGCUCCUCACCAGACUGUGCAGUGGGAGAGACAGGACCUGGAAACUGCUGCGAACAAUGCAAAGGUUGCACCCAUGCUGGUGUCAGGUAUGAACAUGGAGAUAAGUGGAGGCCAGUAGAGAAUCCCUGUGAUGUCUGCUCCUGUCUGGAGGGUCAGGUUUGCUGUGAGAGGGAGCAAUGCAAUACUCCUUGUGAAUAUCCUGCUGCUCCUUCGCCCAGCAGCUGCUGUCCUAUCUGUCAAAGUGGGCUUCGUAGUAUUAAUGUUUUCGUAAUGUUUUCAUGGCACUUAAUAGACGGGGUAGACAUGAAGGGUGUUUGUGUGUGUCUUGUAGGUUGUGAGGUGAAUGGGUUUAAGUUCCCUAAUGGAGCUGCUAUCCCAACUGAAGACCACUGUCAGGAGUGUGCUUGUGUGAAUGGAAAUAUGGAAUGUUCACCGCUUCAAUGUCCUGCCGUUUCCUGUAGCAAUCCUGUUCGUUACACGGGAGAAUGCUGCCCUCGAUGUGAGCAAUGUGAACAUGAAGCUGAGGUUUAUGUGAAUGGAGAGAAAUUCCCAUCCAGGAGUGACCCUUGUCUCCACUGCAGCUGCUCUGCAGGUGAAGUUUCAUGUGAGCGAAUAGAUGCCUCAUGUCCCACAGCAGACUGCAGUCACCCAACUAAGCACAAAGGAGAGUGUUGUCCCACAUGCAGAGAGUGUGAGUAUGAAAGGAGGGUUUAUGCAGAUGGAACAGUGUUUGUUCCUGCAGGGGAUGGACCCUGCCUGCAGUGCAGGUGUAAGACUGGGAAUGUAAUUUGCCAUGAAGAGAAAUGCCCUCCCAUCCACUGCUCUAACCCCAUUAAAGACCCACACCACUGUUGUCCAACCUGCAAGGCAUGUGUUUUGGAGGGGGUGGAGUAUGAGGAAGGUUCCAGAUGGCAACCUGAAGGCCCAUGCUCCACUUGCACCUGUGUGAAUGGAGAGACCUUAUGUUCACACACACUUUGCCCCCACGCUGACUGUCUUCAUCCCACCAAGAUUUCUGACACAAGUAGAGAGUGUAACCUGCCCUCGCUGCCUGCGCAGGUUCCUGUUGUGAAGUGUGUGAAAGCUGCACUUACAAGCAUCGAGUUUACAGCAAUGGCCAGAGGUUCACGACCCCUGAGCAGCCCUGCCACGUGUGCACUUGUUUGGUGCGUGUGUCUCCAUCAUGGAACUGUUAGCUGUGAAAGACAGACUUGUCCUCAACUGGACUGCACAAACCCUUACACCCCACCUGGCGAGUGCUGUCCAAAAUGUCAAGACUGCUCAUUUGACAACCGUGUAGUUGUUGAUGGGGAGGCAUUCCCCAACCCUGUGAGUGUGUGUGAGGAAUGUAAGUGUGUGAGUGGAAGAAUUGACUGCCACCAAGCCCAGUGCCCUCAUCCCCGCUGUAACGCCCCUCUUCCAGGAUCAUGCUGCCAGAAUAACUGUAAUGGCUGUAGUUAUGCUGGGAAAGAGUAUCCCAAUGGGCAGGAGUUUCCCCACCCCACUGACCCAUGCAGGACAUGCAGCUGCAUCAAUGGGAAUGUCCAGUGUCUGAUGAAGAGGUGUCCCCCACUGCCAUGCUCCAGCCCAAAUGUGCUGCCUGGAGACUGCUGCCCCCAGUGUCCUGAUCCUCCGUUAGACUGCGAGUACGAACAGCGGACAUACAGACACACAGAGCGGUUCUACCACCCGGCUGACAGCUGCCAGUUAUGUGGCUGCCACAACGGGACAGUUCACUGUCGGCACAAGCCCUGCCCCUUUGCUCCAUGCUCUCACCCCAUCACACAAGAGUGCUGCCGGACCUGUGAAGGCUGUUUGUAUGAGGGCAGAGAGCGGGCCAAUGGGGAGUCCUGGGAUGACCCAUCAGACCCAUGUGCCGUUUGUGUUUGUCGUGGGGGCACUAUCCAGUGUGAGAGGAAACGCUGCCCACCCUCCAACUGUAACCACCCAGUUCAGGGACAGUGUUGCAUGUCCUGUGAUGGCUGCACAUUUCACGGUAAAGAAUAUCCAGACGGCACAGAGUUUGGGGAUGACAAAGAUCCAUGUGGUGUUUGUUACUGUUACGGAGGGGAUGUCAUCUGCAGCAAAUUAGCCUGUCGUGAAGACUGCAGCCACCCUUACAAACCGCCUGGUCAAUGCUGUGGAGAAUGUGAACGCUGCUUCUAUAACAGCGCGGUCCUCCUCAGUGGACAGUCCAUCCCUGACCCGGGGAAUCCCUGCUCUGAAUGUAUCUGCCAGAGAGGCUCUGUGCGAUGCGUGAGGAGGCAGUGUCCAGCAGCCCCUUGCCCUCAUCCAGUCACCAACUCAUGUGGCUGCCCCGUUUGUGAUGGUGACUUUCUUUCAAACAAUUACACUUCACGCAAUCCAAAGAAAGCAAGGAAC